AUCCCCAUCCCCAAAAGACACACUCCACGCCACCUUCCCCUAGGGUUUCCUCUCCUUUCCUCUUCCCCCCAUCCCCCCUCGAUCUCCUCCCCAGCCGCCGGAGUUGGAGGCGGGGGACGGGGGCGAGCAGCGACGGCGAGCUCGUCCAACGCCUGCCCGCCUCGGUCACAGGGUCUGUCACCAUGUCCGACAUGGAGUCCGUGGCCACCCUCAUGGAGUCGACGAGCCUCAAGAUACAGCAGCUCCAGCACGCCUUCGCCGAGCUCGAGAGCCAGAGCGCCGUCACCAUGAGCUUCAAGUGGAAGCAGCUCGAGGACCACUUCCGCGGCCUCGAGCAGUCGCUCAAGAAGAAGUUCGACGAGCUCAAGAAGCAGGAGCAGGAGUUCCAGGAGACCGUCGCCAAGUCCCAGAAGAUGCUGGAGCAGAAGGAGGCCGUCGUGGUCGCCAAGGAGCUCACCGCUCUCGAGAGGCUGCAGGAGAAGAGGGACGCCGCGCUGGCCAUGAUCUUCGGCAAGUCAAAGCUCUCUCUCAACGUCAACUAUAACGUCCCCAAGAACAAGCCGCAGAGUAAUUUCACCACCGUGGGUGCUCCUGACGCGAAGCAAGACAACGCGCACAUGCAAGAUGGCAGCGCCGCCGCCGCGAAGCCUCGCUCUGAGCUUGCUGUCCUCUGCGAGGCGAUGAAUGUCAAAGGGCUCCACAGGUUCAUAUCGGACAACAGGAAGAACCUGACGUCCAUCCGCGAGGAGAUCCCGAGCGCGCUCAAGGGAGCGUCGCGUCCGUACGUCCUGGUGCUGGAGUCCCUGGAGGACUUCUACUCUGGAGACAACCUGGUGUUGGAUGGGAAGAAGGAUGGGGACCUCUUGGGUGUCAGAAGGACGUGCCUCAUGCUGAUGGAGUCUCUUGUGCAGCUGCAAGCUGAUGCCGUAACUGGUCUCUUGUCUGAGGGGCAAAUGCUCGCACCAGAUGUCAAGGAGAGGGCCAAGAAGAUUGCGUUUGAGUGGAAGUCCAAGUUGGACAGCCUUGACAUUGAUGCUAGCAAUGGGAACUGCCUGGAAGCACAUGCAUUUCUGCAGCUGCUUGCUACCUUUGGUAUUUUUGCUGAGUUCAAUGAAGACGAGCUGUGCAAACUACUUCCAUCUGUCAGCCGACGUCGCCAAACACCCGAGCUCUGCCGGUUGCUUGGGUUGUCGCAGAAGAUGCCAGGUGUCAUUGGAGUCCUGGUGGAUAGUGCAAGGCCAAUUGAUGCAAUUAAUUUGGCCUAUGCAUUUGGACUCACUGAACAAUUUGAGCCGGUGCAACUGCUGAAAGCAUAUUUGAGGGAGGUCAAGAAGGUGUCACAUGCCAAGAACGGAAAAAUGUCUCCUGGAGCACAGAAUGAGAUGAAUGAACGUGAGCUGUCUGCACUGAAAGCUGUCAUCAAGUGUAUUGAGGAGCACAAGCUGGAGGAGCAAUAUCCUGUGGAUCCACUUCAGAAAAGGGUGGUUCAGCUGGAGAAAGCCAAAGCAGACAAGAGGAGGGCUGUUGAAGCUGCGAAGCCGCAGUCCAAGAGGCCUCGUGCCAACGGUUCGGCCUACGCACCCCGUCUUACCAGCUUCCCUGAGAAGAGCUUCUACCAGGCAACCCCGGAGAGGCAUCCAUACCCUUAUGAGAGGCAAUUUGUCUAUGGUGCCGAGGCCCACCACCAUCCUACAAUGAUCAACGCGGCGGCAGCUCCCUACACCAUCUCACCUGCCCACACACCGUACUAUGGUAACGGGUACCCAAUGCAGUACCAGGUACCUUAUAUCCACUAAUGGGAAAGAGCUGUGCUCUUUCCUAACUAUCUGUAGCUUUUUAACCUUCCGCUGUGUUGUAGCUGUAUCAGUCGCUAGCUAGUCUGCCUAGCUGAAAAUAGUCGGACCACUCGCUUGUGUGUGUGUGCUAUGAGUGGCUAUUGUGAAAAUCUGUUAAUUCUAUGUCACGACUUAUGACAUAAUUUACUUCUAAUGUCUAGUUACGUUUUAA